GAAACUCAAGAAAAAAAGAAGUUGCCUAAAUGAGAACAUAUUGGUCCUUCAGAAAGAAUUCAGUGGAGAGAAACCAUUCUUUCCAGCACCAUCCCAAGGCCUUUCAUGUAUUCGGUCCUCGCCACAUUUCUUCUCCUGGAUGGAGAGAACUCAUCAGCUCCAGUUGGAAGGAUGAAAGCUACAAAAGAGCAGUGAUGGCCUGCUUUGUACAAUCAGUAUACUUGCUUGAACUUGACAGGCAAGAAAAUAGGUGUGGCAUAGAAACUGCCCUUGCACCACAGUGGUGGACACCCUUUAAGUACAAACUGAUUGAACCCCUUGUCGAUGAAAGAGAUGGUUCGAUAUUUGCUGCAGUUUUGGAGUGGGAUCAAGCAGCAGCCCUGGCUGAUUUUAUACCAAUAAGACCAAUUGGUGCACCAAAAGUGGUAUUAGCCAUCAGAGGAACAUUCUUGAAGAACCCCACAAUAAGGAGAGAUAUCGAGGAUGAUCUACGUUACUUAGCAUGGGAAAGUCUCAAAGGAUCCUUCAGAUUCGAGAGAGUCUUAUCGGCUCUAAAAUCAAUUAGCUUCAACCAGCAAGGGAGUAAGAAUGUGUCCAUCACAGGACACUCAUUAGGAGCUGCUUUUGCUCUCGAGGUAUACAAGGCAUUAGCUGCUGAAGGAACUUAUGUAGAAGCACAUCUUUUCAAUCCACCAUCUGUUUCAUUAGCCAUGAGUUAUAGAAUCUUGAGCGGAAAAGCUGGAUUUGUGUGGAAAAGAUUCAAAUCAAUGCUUCCUUCUCAGUCAGAGUAUCAAAGCAAGAGCGUCGCUGAGGGUGCAGCUGAAUCUACAGAAUCAAGAAUCACUUCAGAGCUUAAGCAAAUGCUGCCUAUGGCUCAUUUGUAUGUUAACACAAGUGACUACAUCUGCUGCUACUACAAUUAUCCAGAUGGAGGACAAAACAGUUCCAAUAUUGGUAAUAAGGAGAAAGAAGCAAAACCUGGUGGAAAUGCGCUAACUAGUGUAAAGCUUUUUGUGGUGUCAAAGGGAAAGCAGAGGUUUCUUGAGGCACACAGGCUAAAACAAUGGUGGUCUGAUGACUUGGAACUCCAAAUAGCUCUCAAUAACAGCAUGGUAAUAAGUAGAUAGCUCAACUCCUUAUACACCAUUCAAGCUCCUAAACAAAUCAAGGCUAGUGUCUUUAAAAGCCAAUCUCAUCCCUUUGGCACAUUUAUCCUUCAAAUAAAGUGGAUAGAAAACAAUAUGUACUUGAAUUUGGGCUGGUAAAGAUUGAAAUUUCAAAACAAAAGAUUGUAAGGCUUGACAUUCUGCAUUUGACUUAUGAAUGAAUUGAUCCUA